AUGCACAUAUUCUUAGAAACACAAUACAAACACGUUGACUUUGAUGCUCCUCCAAAAACAAAAGUUAGUUCAAAAACACGUGCACCUUCUCCACCAACUGUUCAUGUUGGACAUAAUCGAUUAGAAGUACCACGUGUUUCACAAUCACUUGAUACGAUUGCUAAUACUACAUCAACUGUACCUGUUUCAACUGUACAUAAUACAGUUCGUUCAACAGUAUCAACUGGAUCAUUUGACUUUCUUCGAGGUCCUCGCCGAUGUGUACUCAAAGUUGAUCGUAAUAAGGGUCUUGGCUUUGUUCUUAGUGCCACCGGUGAUUAUGAUCAUACAAUUACAGCUGUUGAAAAAUACUCAGCAGCUGAUAUCGCUGGUUUACAAAUUAAUGAUGAGGUAUUGGAAGUUGAUGGUGUUGAUGUAAGAAAUGUUAGAUAUGAGCAAGUAGUUGACAUGCUUGUCUCUGCAAUGCGGACAAAUGAUACAAUUGAAAUGCGUGUUGUAGAUGGUUCUUCUCGUGAUGUUUAUCCAUCAACAACAAAUGCUGAUAAACAAACAAAUACAAAUGGUUUAUUAAAUAGCAAUAACAAUAAUAAUAAUGCAGUAACAUCAACAGCAAUUCAUUCAUCACAUCCAAUAGGUGUUUCGGGUGAUGAUUUAUCUGAUAUAAAUAGUUCAAUAAGUCCAUUUGAUAGUCUUAAUCAACAAAAAAUUGCUACAAGUUAUCCUAAUCUACCUGGACAAUUAAAACAUCUUGAAAAUGUUACUAAUCGUGCUUUCGGUGGAAGUGUACCUGCAUUGGCUACAGGAAUUACAGCUUCUCCAACUAGUAUGCAUCUAACAAAACAUAUUUCAGCUUCAUACGAAAAAGGUUCAAUAAAUAAAUUAUCAGAUAUUUCAACACAAGAUGCACCAGUUGCACGUCUUUGUCGUAUUCGAAAAUUUCCAACAUCACCAUUUUAUGGGUUUUUCUUAUGUGGUGAUCCAAAAAAACUUGGUCGAGUAUUCAUUUCCGAUGUAACAAAACAUUCACCAGCAGCUGUUUGUGGUUUACGUGAUGGUGAUCGUAUUAUUGAAAUAAAUGGUUCAAAUAUUGAUGGAUUAAUAUAUGAAACUAUCUUAGAUAAAAUAAAACAUCAUAUGGGACGUGAUGAUCUUGAAUUACUUGUACUUGAUAAAAAAUCUGUUCAAUGGUAUCGUGAAAGAAAUUAUCCAAUAACAUCACGAACAUUACCAACUAUUGUUCAUAUUGAACCAAUUAUUAAUGAGACAAAUUCAGAAAUACAAUCUUCAGAAGUACCAACUACACAUACGAAAUUAGUUGGAUUUGCAGAUCGACGAGUAUCAAAAACGGGUCUUUAA